AUGAAAAAGAAGAAUUUGGUGGUUCCCGUUCAGGUUGAAAACUCAUCAGAUGUGGGGCCAACCGAAGUGAAAUCAAAGAUUCAGGUGGUCGAACAGAAGCCAUUGAAGGUAACUGGUUUUAUAACCAAAUCGGGUGAUAUCUAUGAAAUUGAUGGCAAGCAAUCGCCCAUUGGCAGUAUUGAGGGACGCCAAGCGAUUGAGGAACAAAUUGUAUGCAAUUAUGGCAAUGUUGUGGUUUAUAGUGAUGUUCCCUGUGAGCAGGUGGGCAGCAACGUUCAAGUGGGUCAGGUGCAUAAUAUUAAAAGGAAACGGCCACAGAAUAAUCAGCCAGAAGAUGCUGGCGAAGUAGCUGAGCAAGCUAAUGGGGAUAUGUUGCCGCAAAAAGAGGACGAGAACGAACAAGACCAGCAGCAGCAGCAACAGCAACAACAGGUCAAUAAUCAUCCACGUGGCCAGCAGAAUCCACAAAGACGCAGACGUCGUCGUCGUCCUUCGAAUGCUGCUCAGCAGCAGAGAAGACGUCGCAACGGCAGCGGCAGUGGCAAUGGCAAUGGCGGAGUACGACGUCGCAUUGUUCGCAAACGCAUUGUGCCAGGUAACGGUAAUAAUCGUCGUCGUAACGGUCAGAACCAGCAGCAACAGAUACGUCGUCGUCGUCCCAAUCAGCGUCGAGGACAACAGCAACAAAACAACAAUAAUCAGCAGCAACGUCGUCGUCAGCAGCAACGUCGUCGUCAGCAACAGCAGAGACUACGUCGCCAGCAGCCCCAGCAGCAACGUCGACGCCAGCAGCAGAACCAGCAGCGUCGCCGACGUCUCAACAACAAUAACACCAUUAACCAGGUCUAA